GGUUGGGCCGUCGGCGGUGGGGCCGCGGUGCGAUGGCGGCCGGAGGGGUGCGGGCUGCGGGCGGCGGCCGGAGCCUGCCGCAGGCUCACGGUGGAGGUGGGCGGCAGAAAGAUGGAAUUGUCUUCUGGAAAACUGGCAAGGUUUGCUGAUGGAUCUGCUGUUGUUCAGCUAGGUGACACAGCAGUAAUGGUCACAGCAGUCAGUAAAACCAAGCCUUCUGCAUCUCAGUUUAUGCCGUUAGUGGUUGACUACCGCCAGAAAGCUGCUGCAGCAGGGAGAAUUCCUACAAACUACCUAAGGAGAGAGCUUGGUUCUACUGAUAAAGAAAUUCUUACAAGCAGAGUAAUAGAUCGGUCAAUCAGACCACUCUUUCCAGCAGGCUACUUUUAUGAUACACAGAUCCUUUGUAAUCUUUUAGCAGUAGAUGGUGUAAAUGACCCUGAUGUUCUGGCAAUUAAUGGAGCUUCUGCAGCACUUGCAUUAUCUGAUAUCCCAUGGAAUGGUCCUAUUGGUGCAGUAAGAGUAGGACUGAUUGAUGGAGAAACUGUUAUCAAUCCAACUCGAAAACAGUUGUCUUCUAGUACUUUAAAUUUAAUUGUUGCUGGAGCUCCACAAAAUCAAGUUGUUAUGUUGGAAGCAACUGCUGAGAAUAUAUUGCAACAAGACUUCUGUCACGCCAUCAAAGUAGGGGUGAAGCAAACCCAGCAUAUAAUCCAGGGAAUUCAGCAGCUAGUGAAAGAACGGGGUGUUGUCAAGAGAACUGUUCAGAAGUUGUAUGUUGCUCCUGAAGAGAUUGUGGAAUUUGCAGAGAAACUUGCUUCCAACAAGAUCUACGCAGUGUUCACAGAUACAGGCCAUGAUAAAGUUUCUAGAGAUGAAGCAAUUAACAAAAUAAGGCUUGAAACAGAAGAACAGCUAAAAGAAAAAUUUCCAGAGGCUGAGCCUUAUGAAAUCAUAGAAUCCUUCAAUGUGGUUUCAAAGGAUAUUUUCCGAAACCUUGUUCUGAAUGAAUACAGAAGGUGUGACGGGAGGGAUUUGACUUCCCUCAGAGAUAUUAACUGUGAAGUGGACAUGUUCAAAAUGCUUCAUGGAUCGGCCUUAUUUCAGAGAGGCCAAACACAGGUCCUCUGUACAGUUACAUUUGACUCUAUAGAAUCAAGUGUAAAAUCGGACGUUAUCUCAACAGCAGUGAGUGGGAUAAAAGAUAAAAACUUCAUGCUGCAUUAUGAGUUUCCACCUUAUGCAACUAACGAGAUUGGCAAAGUGAGUGGUAUGAACAGAAGAGAGCUUGGACAUGGUGCACUGGCAGAAAGAGCUUUGAAACCAGUUAUCCCCCAGGAUUUCCCAUUCACAAUACGAGUUACUUCUGAAGUCUUGGAGUCAAAUGGGUCCUCUUCAAUGGCUUCUGCUUGUGGUGGAAGUUUGGCACUAAUGGAUGCAGGAGUUCCAGUAUCAAGUGCAGUUGCAGGUGUAGCCAUAGGACUCAUUACCAAAUGCAGUCCGGAAAAUGGAGAUAUUGAGGACUAUCGGUUGUUGACAGACAUCCUGGGAAUUGAAGAUUACUAUGGCGAUAUGGAUUUCAAGAUGGCAGGUACUAAUAAAGGAAUAACUGCCUUACAGGUUGAUCUAAAACUGCCAGGAAUACCAAUAAAAAUUGUGAUGGAAGCUAUUCAGCAAGCUACAGCUGCAAAGAGGGAGAUCUUGCAAAUUAUGAACCAAACACUAGCAAAACCCAGACCUAAUAGGAAAGAAAGCGGACCCGUUGUAGAAACUAUCCAUGUUCCACUAUCAAAAAGAUUAAGAUUUGUUGGUCCUGGGGCCUAUAAUCUGAAAAAGCUUCAAGCACAGACUGGUGUAACUGUAAGUCAGCUGGAUGAAGAGACAUACUCUGUGUUUGCCCCCACCCCUAUUGCCAUGCACGAAGCAAGAGAAUUUAUCCGUGACAUCUGCAAAGAUGAUCAAGAAGUGAAUUUGGAAUUUGGUGCAGUUUAUACAGCCACGAUAACUGAAAUAAGAGACUCUGGAGUGAUGGUAAAACUGUACCCAAACAUGACACCAGUGUUACUGCAUAACUCACAACUCGAUCAGAGAAAGAUUAAACAUCCAAGUGCCCUGGGAUUAGAAGUUGGACAAGAAAUUCAGGUUAAAUACUUUGGCCGUGACCCAACUGAUGGCAGAAUGAGGCUCUCACGUAAGAUUCUGCAGGCACCAGCCACAACUGUGCUUAAAACCCUGACUGACAAGAACAGCAUUGUCCUGGGAGGUACCGUUCCACAGUCAUCGACUUCAUCCCAGUGACAGGAAGCAAGCUGGGAUAGGUGAUGGAAACCCAAGCGACCUUUGCUAGAAUCUGUAGCUGUCUGCGCAGGAAUCUGCAGGUGGAUGGUAGUGAAUCAUACCUUAAAAUAGACACUAUUUAUGCUUCAAGGUGAUGUGGAACCUCAGAGUCUUCAAAUUGAUUAAAAACCCUUUUAAAAUAAAACCAGAACUAAGCGAUGCUUUGCUCACAUGUGACAAGGGUGAGGCGAGGAUCUUAAGAGCGUGGAAUUGUGUAGGCUGGAGAGCAGAUUAUAUUGCAGUGCUUAAGGUUGUUCUCACUAUCCUCUCAAAACUGUACAUAUGAGAAGACAGUAUCCCUGGGAAAAGGAAUUAUCCUGAUACUUGGUUGAGACACGUGCUUGAUUCGAGUUUUACUGGCUUCUGAGGGUGCAAGACUGAAGCGUGGAGCAGAGCAUAGAGACUUGAAGUAAUGCCUUUAACAUGAUCAACACUGUUUCACGUGAAUACAUCAAUAACUGUGAUAGGGUUCAGAUUGCUAAAGUAUCUGAGCAGGAGGGGCACAAAACAAAGGAUCUGGCUGAAACAUCAUUGUUAUCUGGGUUCAUUCACAAUUCAUUGGAAAAUACAUCAUUAAAACAUUAAAAAUGAUUGGUUUGGAAUAAGCAAGUGAUGGAAUAAAUCUUCCCCCUAAAACACCCUCACUAAGGGUGUCAGAAUUCCUUUACUGAUUAUAUUCCAUCAGUGGAAUAUGGCCUCUGGAAUCUGGCCUCUUGUAGCCUUCAGACCGUUCACUGGUGCUCACAGAACCACUUGGUUUUCUCCUGUGAGGUACAGGUUUGCAAAUGAAAGAGGUGAGACCCUUCUGCUGUUCACCAGUUUGUACUUGAGCUAGUAUCAACUUCCCACCUGAUGCCAAGGGGGCUCUGAGCCUCCUGAAAGGAAAAGCAAAGCCCUGGAGGGAGGAGAAAUGUGAAUGUACAGUAACAAUUGCUCAUUCUUUUCCUUUUUUUAUUCUAAGUUACAAUAUUAAAGAAGAAAGA